AUGGAAGGUCAACGUUCCAUAGAUGAUAAUUCUAAUGCAUGGGCACAAGAACAAUCACAAGUUGAAAGCAAUAACAUGACUCAAUCAUCUCCGAUGCGAAAUAACCAAGGCCCAUCAAUUUCACCCAUAGAAGAAGAACAAACACAAAUCGAUGGUAGCAAUGUUGGUACAAAUAGUAGAAAGCGAAAACUUACUUCAGUUGUAUGGAAUCACUUUGAGAAGUCUAUUGGAGAAGAAUCGAAGCAAGAUUGCCAUUACGACAGAUAUGUGGACAUCAAGUUUAUAUACGUGCCUUGUCCUCAUACUGCUGAAGUUCUUGCUGAUGUGUUGUAUGAAUCUCUAUGUGAUUGGAACAUUGAUAGAAAAAUAUCAACAAUUACAGUUGAUAAUUGUAGCACAAAUGAUCUGAUGAUUCAUUUAUUAUUAGACAAGUUGUCUCUGAACUCGUUGAUUUUAGGAGGAGAGUUAUUUCAUAUGAGAUGUUGUGCACACAUCUUGAACUUGAUAGUUCAAGAUGGUUUAUCUGUUAUUGGGGAUGGAAUUGAUAGAAUUAGGGAUAAUGUUUAUUUUUGGAGCGCAACAAAAAAAAGAAUAGAAAAGUUUGAAGAAGCAGCUCGUCACUUGACAAUUUAUUGCUCAAAAAAAUUGUCUCUUGAUUGUAAAACACGUUGGAACUCGACAUAUUUGAUGUUGAGUGUUGCUAUAGUGUACAAGGAUGUUUUCAAAUGUUUAAAGCAACGAGAAACACAAUAUAUAAGUUUACCUACAGAUAGAGAUUGGGAGUUAGCUUCAAGUAUUUGUGGAAAAUUGCAUUUGUUUUAUAAGGUGACUUUGAUGUUUUCGGGUACCAAGUAUCCUACGGCUAAUGUAUUUUUUCCAUCCAUAUGUGAGAUAAGAAUUGCAUUAAGUAAGUGGAGUGAAGAUCGAGAUGAAGUGAUAAAAGAAAUAGGGGAGAGGAUGCUUGUUAAGUUUGAUAAAUAUUGGUCAGUUAUACAUGGAGUUAUGGGAGUUGCAGUUGUAUUAGAUCCAAGAUACAAGUUCAAAAUGAUGGAGUAUGCUUUCCCGAAGAUUUAUGGUUUUGAAAAGUCUGAUGUUGAAAUUGUAAAACUAAAGGAGCUUGUGUCUCGUUUGUUUCAAGAUUAUGAAACUUGUAAUUAUGAAAGUUCACGGAAUCGAGAUGUUGAUUCAAGUCGCAACACUAGUGACAUGGAGGUUCAGAUGGAGGGGGGUAUCACGUCGGAGCUUGAUCAUUAUCUUCAAGAUAAAGUAAGGACACAAAAUUCAGAGCUUGAUAUUUUGUCUUGGUGGAAAACAAAUGGUUUCAAGUAUCCAACAUUACAAAAAAUUGCCCGAUACAUAUUAGCAAUUCCAAUAUCCACUGUUGCAUCUAAGUCUGCCUUUAGUACAAGUGGUAGAUUGGUGGAAUCUCUAAUCAGAGAUGUAUGCGAUACAACUUCCAUUGCAGAGCUUGAACUGAAACAAUUGCAGAUGUUGAAAUUUAUUCUUACUCUUUUGGCUGCCUCCGUUUUAGCUUGA